AUGACGGGUACACCGCCCACCGAUCAACAAGUCUCUCUUCAAACCGGGGAUUCGGUAUCGGCUGUAACAGAAGAUAGGGUAAACGACCUUAUCGAGGAAUUCGUCAAUGCCGCGAUUCUGCCGUGGCAAAAGAAGAUAAAAGAAACCGCGACUAGAUCCAUCGAGAUGAUUGAGUCUACAAAUAAAGAGCUACAAACCGCGGUCGGACGGAUCACGUCCGUUGAGGACAAAUACAACAUGACCGACCUUCUGUAUAGUGACAAUACUAACAGAACUAAGGCAUUGGAGGCCGUCACUAAGAAGUUGGAAGCCGACCUCGCUCUUACAAGACAAAAGGUCAGUAUGACAGAACUAAACCAAUUAUCAACCGAUCAAAAGCUAAAAAAGAUCGAUGGGGAUCUGGCUCAAUCCGGUGUCCAGGCCGGUUCUACACUUGAGAGAGUGGCAAUGCUCGAAGAGAAGCAUGCCAAGACCGAGGUUGAUCUAAAGGCGGUCAACGAACAGUUGGCGGAAAUGAUAGCGGCAAAGCUGGCUGCCGAUAAGGCACUUGAAGAAGCAAAUGAGCUCGCGGCUCAAAAGAUUCAAGAUGCAUUGGACGAGCAAACCCGACUUCAAAAGGAAACGGCGGAGGAAGAUGCGAACCUGGCCGGACAUUUGGAAACAUUAGAAAACAUUGCACCGACGGUAGCGGUUCAGCAAAAUGAAGAUGCGGCUCGACUAAUCGUCCAACAGUCACCAUACAAUGAGUUCGUCGAGGCUCACAAGAAGUCCAAAGCGGUUUCUUCCCCAUCCGGUCCGGUUACAAGAAAGAGAAAGAAUUCUUCCAAGAGGGCGGCAAUCUCAAAAUUAAUAGACGGAGUUACUGAAACGGUUGUUGAUCCUCAAAUCAACCCGGUUUUACAAGCCGAUGAAGAACUUGAGGAAGAGAAAGAAUCCAUACCACUAAACAAAAGACCGCGAGGUCUUGACGCGAUUCCAAUCAGAUCAUUUGUUCCACCGGCUUCCCCCUUCACCGGUACUUCAGGCGGUCAAGGAUCAUCCUCCAGGCCUGUUCCAGCGGUCAAGGGAAAGGCUGCAGAAGAUCAUCCGACAAGAUCUUUCCACUCCGGGAUAAAUCAGAGACGCAAUCCUCCAGAUGCAGAAAGACGUCUUUUGGCUCAACACGUUCAAGAGAAUCCUCUCUUAGAAGAAGAAGAGGUGAUUGUUCAAGAGCCCAAACAAGCUCUUCCAACUCAUGAAGAAGAAGUUGUUGAAGAAGAAGUUAUUGAGGAGUCUGGUCAAGCUCCUAAUGAUGAAGAAGCUAUGAAAUCCCCUGUUGUAAGAUCAGAGGAAGCCCAAGAGAAGGAGGUUGAAGUGACUUAG